AUGCUAUGGUGCAAGGACACGUUUGAAGAGCAGUUUGACCCCAGCGAGUGUCGACUUUUUCCCGUUCAACAACAGCUGUUUGACUUUGUGGACAAGGCCAGGGGCGACUGCGAUGGCGGAUCCUCGAGGACACCGCAUUGGCUUUGCUUCUCUAUCGAGUUCCCGUCAGCAAGUGAGGUAUCACACCUGCUGUCGCGUCAUGCGCCCACCAACUUAUUCCAGCGACGGCAAGCGUCCCCCAACGUCCUCGCCGCCAAGCGAAAGCGAGUGCGCGAGGACUUCUCCCUCCUCUACGGGGCCACACCACUGUCGCAGCAGAACCGCAUGUUUCUUGCCGCCACACUCGACGGUGUGCGGUCCAUCUUGUCACGCAUCGAGUCCCGUCAACUUCACCUGUACGAGAUUAUUCGCGAAAGAGAUCCGUGUCACCUCUACCUGGACGUGGAGCGAGAGGGGAAUCAUACGGCACUCCAGCAUGUCAUCGCGGUCGACGACGACUCGACGUCAUCGUCCGUGGAGGAAGCCGAUUCGCUGGUGCAGGUGGAGGAGGACGUCGGCGGCACCCGGCGCAUCGCCUUUCAAUGUUUCCAGAGCCGCUAUCAGGAACUGCGUCGGGUCGCAGCGCUUGAACCGACUGGCGUAUGUGGAUUAGACUGUUCUAUCGAGCCGGAUAAUUGUAACACGUGUGAGGUGUUGCUUAGCGCACUGGACUCCUUUGUGCGCGAUCGGCAUCCCUCGUGGGUUCCUCCAGGACUCGAAGCCGAGGGGCCAGGCAGUGUCUUUGCAGAUGUCUGGGUGCUGCAGUCAGUACCUCUCUGUGGCGCGGCUACCAAGUUCUCCCAGCACUACAUUCUCAAGCUGCAUGGCCUCAUGUUCGAGUCAACGAACUCUGUGAAGGUGUUCGUGCGCGACUUUGUGGCGCACGUGAGCGAGCGAGCGUCGAACGAUUCACAGCUGCACGGUGCCCUCUUCUUUCACAAGCCCCCUGCAUGGUAUCCAGUGUUUUGCGACCUACCAGCUGAUUAUCCGCGUAACACCUUCCCCUACCUCCCGCGGCGGUGCGUGAUUGACGAGGCUGUCUACUCCAAGAACCGAAUGAUGCGUUGCAUCGGUAGCUGUAAGCUGGGCAAGCAGAGUAUUUUGCUCCCGUAUCGUCAUUACGUUGGUGGCUCCUGUGUUGAACACUUUCCGAACUCUGCCAGUGCUGCAUCGGUAUCUUUGGAUGUGCUUAUGAGCACCUUGAUUGGGCACCGUUUCGCCAAGGACGUUGCACCCGUUUCCCUCAUAAAGCUCACCGAAGGGAUUGAUGCUCCCAAGAACACGCGAGCCGGUGCGCUGCCGGCGAGCAUCAGUGAGAGGACUGUGUCAGCAACGGUGCACACCGUCUCUCUGGACGUCAACAUCACCCAGCUCAUCUCGAGCUUGCAGCAAGCGUACUCGCAGGUGGCGAAUUGCCUAUGCACAGUGGCGCAGCCGCACAGUCUCCACGGCCGGUUUCUCAGCUUUUCUGUACGUGGGACGCGCUAUUGCCAAAAUAUUGGCCGUGAGCACAAGUCCAACAACGUCUACCUUGUGGUGGAUACGGAGCGAAGGACGUUUGUGCAAAAGUGCUUCGAUCCGGACUGCGCCUCCUACCGAUCACCGCCCCGCCUUCUUGGUGGCACUCCAUAA